AUGUUAAAGAACUGUUGUGAGGCCUACUCACAGGUGAAAGCUUCAGAAGAAUCUGCAGCUCUCUGCUGUCUACACUUUGAAAAACUCAAACUCUUCUGUCUGGAUGAUCAUCAGCCCGCAUGUGUCAUCUGCAGAGACUCUACAAUUCACAUCAACCACACAAUGAGACCCAUCUAUGAAGCUGCAAAAGACGUCAAGUUUGAACUCCAGGAAUCACUGAAGACCCUUCAGUACAAGCUGGAGAAAUUUAAAAAAGUCAAAGAAGACUGUGACAAAGCCAGAAAACUCAUCGAGACCCAGGCUGCAAACACAGAGCAGCAGAUAAAGGAGCAUUUUAAGGAGCUUCAUCAGUUUCUAGAAGAGGAAGAGGAGGCCAGAAUCUCUGCACUUAGAGAGGAGGAGGAGCAGAAGAUUUACAGGAUGAAGAAGGAGAUGGAGGCCCUGAGCAGAGUGACAGCAGCUCUUUCUGACACAGUCAGAGCCACAGAGGAAGAGCUGAGAACUGAAGAUGUCUCAUUCCUGAAAAGCUGCAAGGCUACAGUGGAAAGAGUCAAGCAGUGCUCCCGUCUGGAAGCUCCACAGCUGCCCGCUGGAGCUUUGAUAGAUGUGGCCAAACACCUGGGCAAUCUGAGGUUCAACAUCUGGAGCAAGAUGAAUGACUUGGUCUCAUACAGUCCUGUGAUUUUUGACCCAAACACAACUCACAUCAUGCUGUCUGAAGACCUGACUGGCGUGGGAAAAGGUGAGAGACUGAUGCUUCCUGAUAAUCCAGAGAGGUUUAAUAGGUUAAGUGGUGCCGUUACGGGCUCUGAAGGCUUCGACUCAGGGUUUCACAGCUGGGACGUUGAGGUUGGAUCGAACCAAGAUUGGUCUGUGGGUGUGGGUGAAGCUAUUGAAGUUCCAGAGAUUAGACAGGCCCGAAAAAUCAGAGUGAGUCUGGACUGGGACAGAGGAGAGCUGUCAUUCUCUGAUCCUGACACUAACACACACAUCCACACCUUCACACACACUUUCACUGAAGAGCUGUUUCCAUAUGUUUCUGUUGGAACAUCAGAUUUGGAACCGCUGAGGAUAUCACCAAUGAAGCGAGAAGAUGAGGUCAACAGAAGAGCGAGGUUUAUCAGAGACUACCUCCAGAAUUUGGGAGCAGAGAGGACUGAAUGGCCUGCCAGCAGUCCUGACCUCAACCCCAUUGAAAAGAAGAGGGACCAGCUUGGGCUUGCUGUUCGUGCCAGAGUGACCAACAUGGCCACAUUGAUGCUGGUUUAA